UGCGGCGACGGGACGGUGCAGACGAUUAACCGUAAUGAACCUAUGGUGAAACGAUCACUUUAGGUUGUCGGCUCCGAUGAAGUGUCUCGUGCGCGGUUGCACCCGCACGCACCGGGAUGCGGGUGUUUCCUUUCACCGUCUACCUGGCAAGGAUCCAGUGCGAAGUCGCUGGCUGGAAGCCCUUCGACUGCGCGCUAACUCGAAGAUACUACAUCAGCUUGAUCGUGUGUGUUCCGAGCACUUCUCCGCGCAGUCCUUCACGUCGUGGAAGGUUUCGAAGAAUCUGGGGUUCGAGAGAAAGAAGAAACGCCUCGACGAGGGCUCAGUUCCGACCCUUCAACUGGACCUCACACCAGCACCAGCGUGCAAAAGGCGCAGACUGGAUGAUUCAGAGACGCCAUCUGAGUGUGGGAAGCACAAUGAAGCAGACAACCUCUACGAAGACUCUAUUGUGGUGUCAAAAGAGGACAUGGCAGCCAGUAUAAUCGAGGUUGUGCCUGCUGAACAGAAAGCACCUGAAACUCAAGACUGUUCUGAACUUCAGCUCGCAACUGAAGAUCAUGGGUAUUCCAUCAGAAGUGCCACGUCUGCCGACCACACCUACAGCAUUGAAGUUCAGUACGAAAACAAAGGCACACAGGUGAACUUGUCCGCCAAGCAGUCGAAGGAGACGCAGACAGACCCAUGGGAGUUUCCAGCUUUUCUUCCAUGUACAAGUGCUGCUCCAGCCAUCAUGAAGGAUCCUGCUCCAGUUGCUAUGAAGCAAGUGCCUGUGCCAGCAGCAGUUGAAAUGCCAGCAUGCGAGGACUUCGCCACAGAGCAGGUUGCCCCAUCGUACCAGCCGACAAGCCAGCCAUUUCUGGAGGCCGACCUCUCUUUCGAAAGACCAGGCAUGUGCUCAAGCCCUAUUCCAGAAGAGCCUGCAGACACUACGUACGAGGCUUCUUGGGACGAGAGCUUCUUGAGCAACUCAACCUCAACGGCCCCCCUGCACGAGGAGCCCAAGUACAUUGUGUUUGAGAGCUGUUUAUUGCAGUUGCUCCGCGUAUGCAUAAUGUGCCAAGCGCCAUGUAAAGUUACUAUUGUACCAGACGGCACACUAGUGAGGGCCACGGCUGUGUGCCAAAGCGAGCACAGCAGGACUUGGCUCAGCCAGCCUCUCAUCAACAACGUGCCAGCCUGCAACCUGCUCCUCUCCGGUGCCAUGCUGUUCACCGGCUCCUGCUCUGCAAAGGUGCUCAGGCUGCUAAGGCUCAUCAAUAUUCAAGCCUUCUCGGAAAGCACGUACUUCAAUCACCAGGCAGCAUUCCUGCAGCCUGCAAUUGAACGAGUGUGGAUCCGAGAGCAGCAGAGCCUUCUUCAAGCGAGACAGGGGAAGACGGUGCGUUUGGCUGGGGACGGGAGGUACGACUCUCCAGGGUACUCGGCCAAAUUCAUGACGUACACCUUCAUGGAGAUGGAGACAAACAAGAUCCUCCACUAUGUCCAAGUGCAGCUUGGAGAGUCCCCCGAGGUGAAGUCCAGCAACGCAAUGGAGCUGCAUGGCUGUGCCAAGGGGCUCACUUUUUUCAAGGAGGAGGAUGUCACGGUCGAGGCCCUCGUCACUGACCGUCACCUAGGGAUCAAGGGCCACAUGAGGAGCAAAGAACCCCAGACACGCCAUUACUUCGAUGCUUGGCACAUUGCAAAAGGCAUAAGCAAAAAGAUGCUGAAGGCCAGCAAGUACGCCCGGUGUGAAGUGUUGGCAUACUGGGCACAGCCUGCCUCCAACCAUCUGUACUGGUGUGCUGCCAACUGUGAAGAGGAUGGAAAACUCCUCGUCGAGAUGUGGAAGAGCAUAAACAACCAUGCUCUCGACAAGCACACUGGCCAUGGAGGGGUGUACGACCGCUGUGUUCACGACACCCUCGUUGGGGACAGAGAGUGGCUCUCUCUAGGUACACCAGCUCACAAGCGCUUUGUCAGCAUUACCAUGCAAAAAGUGCUUCUGAGGGACUUGGAGCACGUGUCACCUGCAGGCCACACGUACAACCUCGAGUCCUACCAUAGUAUGCUCAUCAGGUUUGCACCCAAGUCUGUGGCGUUCACAGGCCCCAUCAUGCAUGCAAGAACCAGAUUGGCUGCUCUGCACCACAACGAAAACUCCGGAAGGGUCCAAGCGGUGACGCGCAAAGGGCAGCCGAAAUUCAAGCGAAGGAUGCAGAGAGGGAAGAUGGGGACCGAUCGUCUCAAGGAAGUGAAAACCCCUCCAACCUACGCGUACGUGGGCCAGCUGCUGUCUGAGGCUGCUGCCUGCUGCAACGAGUCUUCCCUCAGGGAAGCCUUGGGCAACAGACCCCGGGAUCGGGCCCCCCUCCCCAUGGCAGCUCACUACCCGAGGCUCCCAAAGGAGCAGCUGGUGGAACAGAGGAUGUCACGUUACAGCAGAGGGACAGCAGGGUCUUCAUGAGGACGCAUCCUCAGAUGAGCUGAAGGCCGUUAAGAAGGCUGGCAAGGCACAGAAGAAUGUGUGCACCACUGACAAGCAGCAGCACAGGAGGAAGUAGUCACGGCAUCUACACCAUAAAAGGUGCUUGAGCUGUUCCACCCAGACACCGACGCGUCAAGCGGGGCCAUGUGGACCAUGAAGAGCUUCAUGAACGACGCCUUCGAGCAUAUUGAGGCUGAGGUCUCCUGCCGUGGCCCACUACAAGCGCUCGACCAUCGCGAGCCGCGAGAACCAGAUGGCUGUGCAGCCGCUGGUGCCGGGUGAGCUGGCUAGGCACACCGUGGCCGAGGGCACCAAGGCCGUCACCAGGUACACCAGAUCCAAGAGGUCCAUCACCGUCACGCAGAGAAAAAAAACAACGGUCCUUUUCAGGACCACUUCUCACUCGAAAAUCGGACGUCUUGCGACGGCUUCAGACGCCCGUGUCUCUUUUUUCAAUGCAGUAUUUGGAAAGGAACAAAAGUUGUGAGUACAAAUUCGAUGUUCUACCAGUUUGUAGUUGCAGCAUGCAUGCAACGAUGGCAGCAUGCCUGCUUCACAGGCAUGCUGCCUAUGUGAGAGAAUACAGAUUAGUGCAUUUGCUGCCAAUUCCUUGUUUAUCUCAGCAUUUGCUUCAGCAUCCCCCAAUUUCCUUGCACAUUCCCAAGCUGGCUUAUGGGAGCUAGAUCAUGAUCACGUGCAGCCUUUUGGCAGAUCCCAGCUGCUAGGGAGCACGUCUCCCAUGAAGCGGACACAAUGCGGUUAUCACAGUGGAGUUUCUGCUUGCCUGUGGAUUGUUUAUUUAGCAUAACACUAUAACCUGCAAAAUAAUUGGACGGUUCAAAUUGUGGACUGCACAAAGGUCUUGGGCCACAUGUAGGGAUUUUCAUGCAGUGCUGCAGAAUGAGCACCCCCUUUUCAUUCCAAAUACAUUCCACAGAAUUGAAUUUUUCAAUAAUUUCAUUUCUUUGAACUCCUAAGAAGGGAAACACUGGGUUUUGAAAUGUUGUUCACAAGCAAUGUUUUGAAAAAAAUUACAAAAAGGGUAACUUUUUUCUAAGACAAGAUUUCUCUUAUUUUGUGUGUUCUAAACUAUGUCAGGGUUUCUAGGUCUCCACUAUUUCCAGUAAUCUUUUGGGUGUCAAAGGGGUUAAGUUGCCGGCAAAUAACGUCAGUAUAAAGCUGACGUUAUAAAAGGCAUAGACAACUGCAAAAAUAUGCAAAAAAAAGUUCCGAAGGCACUAUCAGGCGGUAGUCGCACAUGACACUGAUAGCAAUGCGUCGAAAAACUGAGGGGAACAAGAGCACGUCGCAACAUGGACCCAUCUUUCGAAUGAUUAGUGGGUAGACCGUUGCCUCCACACUGCAAUUAAACACGCUCAAAUGCGAGGACCUAACGCCAGAUGCCGGCGUUCUAGCGCGUUUGUUCAGUGCAGUGGAGACAAAAGCAGCUAGCUAUACACUAACACGCGUCCCUGACGUCAUGCUGCUGUAGUGGCGUUGCUACUGGCAGGGCGCAUGCACAAAUGCUCCACUUCAUGCAAAUCUAGUUUCUGUGUAUUUGCACGCACUUUGUGUGGGCUUGUUUGUAGACAGCGCGCUGGCCUAUACGUCUACCCACUAAUCAUUUGAACCAGAGCUCAGCAUUCUGACAUCCCCGUGCUCUCGUCUCUUCCUCUCCAUUAGUUUCUUGGCGCAUUGGUAUAAUAGUACAGCAAAAAGCCUUAACAGAUAGAAAAACUUCAAACCACCCAUUUUCUUCAGAAAAGGACCUUAUUUAUAAAACCACUCCUAGGAGAUAUGUGGCAAAUGAGGAGUCGUGCAUCAAAAAAACACGGGAACUGUGGCACUGUUCAUACCUGGUGCUCUAUUUGCACAUGGUCAGAAGUCACAUUGCCGAGUCUCAUGGCACCACGAAUGAGACCUUGUCUGCUUACAACGCUAGCUUUAAUUGCUUCAUUGGGGUGCUAUUUUCAACCUUGAAGGAACAUGAGCCGGUCAGAUAACCAAGCCGUCAGUUACCUAGAGUGCAAUGAUGCCGUCUCAAAAGCCCCUUUGACCGCAUCGACACAGCUUGCAUAAGAACACAUUUCAUCCCUGCUCAAUUCUUGGCAAGAUGCAACUAAUUCCCUUCUAAUUUUUCUCAGUACUGCCGCCAAUCCACUCUAUUCCGGAGUCGCAGAAUGAUUGUGGAAUCAUUCAGACUUCAGAGUGGCAACUCCGCAACACUGUUUUCAUGGUAUGGGUGUUUGCCACCUAUAGGCACAGUGCAUUUACCCACUAAUUACUAGACAUGCAGGUACCACAGCAAGUUUUCUAGCAGCAGAGCAGUCAAGUCUAAAGGUUGCCACGAAUGUCUUCAUGCCGACAAGAUUGGUGGAGAAACCGGAACUGAGAAGUGAAUAAAUGUAUGGAUGAACCAAAGAAGUUUCCAAUGAGUAGCCUGUAUGUCAUGUUCCUGGCUAUGUUCUUUACAGGGCAUAAAAAAAAGAAGCCAAGAGUUACCUGUUGCAACCAUUUUGGGUGGCUCGAUGCUGGCGCAUACACGCAGCUGGGCUAUCUGUGUUGAGCUCAGCUGGUCAAUUUAUAAAGCUUACGAGACACGGGAGGGAGGCUCUGCUUGGUUGCCAGCUCCGAUAUACUGCAGAUG